CCGGCUUGGCUUUGCGGAAGAGCUGCCGCCGUUUCUUUUCCGCUUGCUGUGCUGCUGCAGGGAGCUGUGAAGGGGCUAUGGGUGAGCUGGGAAGCCCCGACAUGGUUUAAGAUUUGUACGACCUGAAAGAAGUGGUGAUGCAGUAACCUAUAGUGAUGUGCAUAUUGACUUCAGUGUGGAAGAGUGGGCUCUGCUGGAUCCUUCCCAGAAGAAUCUCUACAAAGAUGUGAUGCUGGAGACCUAUACGAACCUCACUGCUAUAGGCUGCAGGUGGGAAGAUCAUAAUAUUGAAGAGUAUUGUCAAAGUUCUCGAAGAUAUGGAAGGCAUAAAAGAAGUCAUUCAGAACAACCUUCUGAAUAUACUCAGUGGGUUAAAGCCUUUCCAUAUCGCAGUUAUCUUCAAAGACAUGAAAGAAUUCAUAGUGGUCAGAAGCUCUAUGAAGGUGGUCAAUAUGGUGAUGCCUUUGAAUGUCAUAAUAGUUUCCAAAUACAUAAAGGAAGCCAUAGUGCAGCAAAAUGCCAUGAAUGUGAUCAGUGUGGUAAAGCCUUUUCACGAUACAGUCGUCUUCAAAUACAUAAAAGAACACAUACUGGCGAGAAACCCUAUGAAUGUACUCAAUGUGGAAAAGCCUUUUCACAACACAGUAAUCUUCAAAUACAUAAAAGAACACAUACUGGCGAGAAACCCUUUGAAUGUACUCAAUGCGGUAAAGCCUUUUCACAACACAGUACUCUUCAAAUGCAUAAAAGAACACAUACUGGAGAGAAACCCUAUGAAUGUACUCAUUGUGGAAAAGCCUUUGCACGUCUUAAUAUUCUUCAAAUGCAUGAAAGAACACAUACUGGAGAAAAACCUUUUGACUGUAAUCAAUGUGGCAAAGUAUUUGCAGUACAAAGAAGUCUCCACAUGCAUAAACGAACACAUACUGGAGAGAAACCCUAUGAAUGUACUCAAUGUGGAAAAGCCUUUGCAGAACACAGUUAUCUUCAAAGGCAUAAAAGAAUACAUACUGGAGAGAAACCCUAUGAAUGUAAUCAAUGUGGAAAAGUCUUUGUAUAUCAAACUAGUCUCCGAAUGCAUAAACGAACACAUACUGGAGAGAAACCCUAUGAAUGUAAUCAAUGUGGUAAAGCCUUUUCGCAACACAGAUAUCUUCAAAUGCAUAAAAUAACACAUACUGGAGAGAAAUCUUAUUUAUGCACUCAAUGUGGAAAAGCCUUUGUACAUCAAAAUUCACUUCACAGGCAUGAAAAAACACAUACUGGAGUGAAACCCUAUGAAUGUAAUCAGUGUGGUAAGGCCUUUGUUUGUCAAAGUAGUUUCAGACUACAUAAAAGAGCACAUACCGGAGAGAAACCCUGUGAAUGUUCUCAAUGUGGUAAAGCUUUUGUAUGCCAAAGUCGUCUUCAAAAACACAGAAGAACACAUAGUGGAGAGAAACCCUAUGUAUGUAUUCGAUGUGGAAAAGCCUUUGCACAACAUGGUCAUCUUCAAAGGCAUGAAAGAAUACAUACUGAAGAGAAACUCUAUGAAUGUAAUUAUUGUGGAAAAGUUUUUUCACAUCCCAGUGUGCUACAUAGGCAUAACAGAAUACAUACUGGAGGGAAACCCUAUCAUUGUUCUCAGUGUGGAAAAGCCUUUGCACAUCCUAGUGUUCUACAAAGACAUAAAAGAAUCCAUACUGGAGAGAAACCCUAUAAAUGUGUUCAGUGUGGAAAAGCCUUUACAGAACAUAGUUAUCUUCAAAGGCAUAAAAGAACACACACUGAAGAGAAACCCUAUAAAUGUACUCAUUGUUCAAAAGGCUUUGCACGGCAUUGUUAUCUUCAGAGGCAUGAAAGAACACAUAAUGGAGAGAAACCCUAUGAAUGUAAUCAAUGUAGUAUAGCCUUUGUAUCUCAAAGCAGUUUCCGAAUACAUAAAAGGGCACAUACUGAAGAGAAACUCUUUGAGUGCCCUCAAUUUGCAAAUGCCUUUGUACACUGAAUUCUCUUCAUAGGUAUGAUUGAUCACAUACUAUAGAGAAACCCUAUGAAUAUACUCAAUGUGGAAAGACUUUUGUGUCUCAAAUCAGUCUCUGAGUACUAAAAGAACAUUCUGGAGAAAAAACAUACACAUGUAAUAUGAUAAAGCUGUUACAUAUAUCAGUAUUUUCAAAAUCAUAAAAGAUCAUACUGCAAAGAAACCCUCUAAAUGUAGUCAGUGUAACAAAGUUUUGCAAGUCAUGGUAGUAGUAUAAGAGUAAAACUUGUGUAAUUGGUCUGUUAAAGCCUUUGAACGUAUUAGACUUUGAGGAUUGGAAAAUAACUCAUACUGAAUGGAAUCUAUGUUAAGUAUCUGGUAAGAUUUAUAGCCAAAACACUUAUAUUCAAUUAAACAAGAUUCUUUUUUGUUGUUGUUGUUGUUGUAGUUAUUUUAUUGAACUCUGCCAUUGUAACUUAUAAGCAGCCACUUUAUUCUGCAGAAAAAAAAAUUGGCAUGCUCUUCAAGCAUUAUUAUGGAUCUCAGUUCAAGCCAGCCUGGUAUCCAGGACAGUCAAAGGUGUACAGCGAAACCCCGACUGGAUAAACCAAAGAUUAAAAGUAAAACUGAAAGAAAUAGAGAAAAAAAGCUACAUAAUCAUGGAAAAUACACAGAUAAUCUGAAUACUGUAUAAUAUUGUGUUCUUUCAAGUGUUUGGCUGCAGAGGAAGGAGGAACAACAGCUCCUAAAAGACAAUUAUAAAUGCUUUUGGAUUAAUACAACCUAUAUAUUUUCAAAAUGUCUUGACAUUGCAAUUUAAGUCAAAAGAUAUGUUACUUUGGAGAACAGGUUUUGUUUUUGUUUUCACAGGAAAUGAGAGGCUGUGAAUUUAUUUUAGGCUAAGGAAAAUAAGCUUUGAUCAAGGAAGAGCUCCCGAAAAAAAAUCUCCAGUGGAAAUGGAUGGCCACUGAUCCAGUGUUUUAGAGCACCAGUUUUGCAAUUUCUCUGAGUUUUGCAUACAGAACAGCCUCCAAAUUGCUGGAUGAAAUGACCCAGCCUCACAGAAUACUCCAGUUAGUACUUUGACCAUAAUCCAUAAUUUUCUUUUCUUCAAUGUAUAGAAUGGGAUGCCCAUCACCUAAGUGAACCAUUUUUAUUUAAAUAACAAGCAGUGUGUGAUCAUGCUUUCCAAGUAAAUAUGUCUGUGAAAGGGUAGUGGAUUGUUGUUCCUGGUUUUAAUUUUCAUGUUUUUAAACAAAUUUCCUGAAAUGUUGUUUGUUAUCCAUUCUAGCAUGGAUGUCAGUAAAUAGGUAUGUAUUUAAAUUCAUGAUCCUCAUGUGUCAGUUUCCUGAGUACAACUAGGAGUUAGAUAAUGUAAUGUCACUGUUUGCUAUUUUGUCUAUACAACACAUUUUAACAAUAUUAAUGUUAUAAUAGUUAAUAGAAGAGAAUAUAAGAAACAUUAAAUUUCUCAUGUGUUUAUCCAAAGCAGCAUUUUGAUCUAUUUAGUAGAGAUGUAAUGAGCUGAGAUAAUCAGCAACCUAUAGUGUAUCUCUCAACAUUUCUUGAUAUUCUAUUGAUAUACUAUUUGAAGUUUCAUGCAUCUUGUUGUCCCCAUCAGUUUUCCAUUUGUAAUGAUAAUGAUAUUGUUUUAAAGUGUGCUUGUCUCUCUCUCUCUCUCUCUCUCUCUCUCUCUCUCUCUCUGUGUGUGUGUGUGUGUGUGUGUGUAACAUUAUUAUGGGUUUUUAGGCCAUGAAACAUAUGUGGAGAUUGGAAGUCAACUUUGUGAAAUCUACCUUGUUCCAUUCAUGUGGUGAUCAAGAUGAGCUUACACACCAGAGAAAUUGCCCACUGUGUUCUCUGGCUGAUGCUCAAAUAAGAUUAGUUGAAUUGUUAUGUCAGUAAGCUUGUGUUUUCAGAAUGUAAACAUAUUUCCAUGGAAAGAUAGAUGAAAAUAGGACAAAUUGAAUAAUAAAUUACAAAUGAAAAUGUUACAUUGCUAUCUUUUUCUUUUUUAUGGAAUGUUUUAGUUCUUUCUGAGAGCUAAGCACUGUUUAAAAGACUUGAUGACCUGAAUUAAAUCUCUGUGAGAUCCAUAUUAAUCCUAGAAAUUUUUCUAAUUUUUCUACACUUGGGCUAUAGCAUAUGCUCCUUCCCACAAAGGCACAUAUAUAAAUAAUUUUUAAACCAAAUAAGUGCCACUGAGUUCACCUGUAGCCAAAUAUCUCCCUGAGUUUCACCUUUAGAACUCACAUAGUGAAAGAGAUAAGAGACAACUCUAAAUUUUCCUCUCACUACCACAUACACAUCAUGAUAAAUGCAUAGACACAUAGAAGCAUUUUUAAAUGGAUGAAAUUGAUAAAAUAGCCCAAUUAUUGAGAAUAUAUGAAAUGGUUUACCAGUUUAAUAGUUUCAGGAAUUAUUAUUGUUCAUUAGAAUAUUGAUUGAUCCUUUCUAAAUCUUUAUUUUAUCAUUUAAUUCUCUAAUUCAAAUAUAGGUCAUUGUAAAACAUCUCAGCUGGACUUAGAGUUGUAUGCCUGCAAUUCCAGCACUUUAGAGAUAGAUGCCACUCUCUCUUACUUUGAGGACAGUUUAGUCUCCAUAGUGAGUUCCAGGAUAGCCAAGACUAUUUAAAAUUAUUCUAUCUCUAAAAAGAUUCCAAAAGGAAAACUCACAUCUCAAAUUAUGGAACUUUUCCUAAUAUAAUCCAACUGUACUCUGACU